AUGACUUCACAAUCAACGGCUGUUCAGCCAUACUCUACGCCACCCAUCCAGAAACUCUCUAUCCUUCACGGCCCCUCUGAUCCUCCCCUCGUCGACCUGACACUAGGCGAGCUCCUGGAGCUUCAGACCUACCAAUAUGGCACCAAAGAGUGUCUCAUCAUCCCAUGGACCGGUGCACGAUGGACAUACUAUGAUCUCAACCAACAGAGCUCAGCACUGGCCCAAUCCCUCUUGGAUAUGGGCAUUGGCGUCGGCGACCGCGUUGGCGUAAUGGCCGGGAACUGUGAGCAAUAUGCUGCAGUUUUCUUCGCCGUCGCCAAAAUUGGCGCUAUUCUUGUCAUCUUGAACAACACUUACACGGCGACCGAGGCCAAGUAUGGCCUCAAUUUCUCGGAUUGCAAAGUGUUCUUUACCACAAAGACGAUUGGCCGUACGGACAACACUCGGCUGCUGCAGGAUUUGCACAAUGAGGCUUCUCCGAUCAAGGUCGUCAUCUUGAGAGGGGAGAGCGGCACUUACACGACGUAUGAGGAGCUCGUGAAGUCGGGCUCUCGCAAAAACCAUGAUAGGCUUCAUCGAGCCAUGAGCAAGGUGCUGCCUCACCAGGUUGUCAAUCUGCAGUUUACAAGCGGUACGACGGGCUUGCCAAAGGCGGCGAUGCUCACUCACCAUAAUCUGGUAAAUAAUUCUCGAUUCAUUGGCGAUCGAAUGCGCCUCACCCACGAAGACGUCCUUUGCUGUCCACCACCACUCUUCCACUGCUUCGGCCUUGUCCUCGGGCUUUUGGCAAUCAUCACCCACGGCGGCAAAGUUGUCUACGCAGCCGAGGUCUUUGACAUUGCUUCUACACUAAAAGCCAUCUCGGACGAAGAAUGCACCGCCAUCCACGGCGUACCGGCCAUGUUCGAUUCCCUGUUCCAAGCCGAACUUCCGCCCAACUUCAAAUGCGACAAGCUUCGCACGGGCAUCAUUGCCGGUGCACCGGUUCCGCGAUAUCUCAUGGACCUGUUGGUAAAUCGCUUUGGCAUGACCGAGUUCACUAGCAGCUAUGGCCUUACAGAAGCUUCGCCCACAUGUUUCAAUGCCUUCACAGAUGAUGCCAUGACACGGAGAUUGACUACUGUGGGCACUCUGAUGCCGCAUGCGCAGGCCAAGCUCGUGGAUCGCGAUGGCAACAUCGUUCCAGUUGGAGAGCGAGGAGAGCUUUGCAUUGCCGGAUACCAAUUACAGGCCGGAUACUGGAACAACUCGGAGAAGACCAACGAGACCAUGGUGCGAGAUGCCGCGGGCGUGCUGUGGCUGCACACUGGCGACGAGGCCGUCUUUGACGAAGAUGGCUACUGCUCCAUCACCGGCAGAUUCAAAGACAUCAUCAUCCGGGGCGGUGAGAACAUUUACCCCUUGGAGAUUGAAGAGCGCCUCAUGGGCCACCCCUCCAUCUCGCGCGCCAUUGUCGUCGGGCUUAAGAACAAGCACUACGGAGAAGUCGUCGGGACAUUUCUCGAACUGGGCGAUGGCCACAACAAGCCUACGGAUCAGGAAAUCAGAGAUUGGGUCCGCAAGACGCUGGGCAAUCACAAGGCCCCGACACAUGUUUUCUGGCUGGGCCACGAUGGCGUGCCGGCAGAUGUGCCUCUGACGGGGAGUGGAAAGAUUCGGAAGUUUGAGAUGGCGAAGUUGGGGGAUGAGAUUUUGAGCAAGAUGACGAAAACAUCUAAGCUUUAG